UCAUAAGGACUUUGAUUCGGAGAACGCAAUACACUGUCCUCCUCCAACGCAGCAUUUUAAAACCAGACACUAAACACACAAACGCUGAAUCUCUCGUUCGAUUCUUGGCAUUCCACUUCUCGCCCUCGUUCUUUUUUUGCGUUUUCUUCUUCUUCUUCUUCUUCUUCUUCUUCUUCUUCUUCUUCUUCUCACUUUUUACCUAAGAUUUUGUGGAACAUGUCCGGGGAAGAGGAAGAAAACGCCGCAGAGCUCAAAAUUGGAGACGAGUUUUUGAAGGCAAAGUGCUUAAUGAACUGUGAAGUUUCAUUGAUUCUUGAGCACAAGUAUGAGCAGCUUCAACAGACAUCUGAUGAUCCCAUGAAUCAAAUUUCUCAGGUAUUUGAAAAGUCACUGCAGUAUGUGAAACGUUUCAGUCGCUAUAAAAAUCCUGAUGCUGUCAGACAAGUUCGAGAAAUUCUCGCAAGAUAUCAAUUGGCUGAGUUUGAGUUGUGUGUCCUUGGCAACCUUUGCCCAGAAACUGUGGAGGAAGCUAUUGCUAUGGUUCCAUCUAUCAAGUCAAGAGGACGAGCUCAGGAUGAUGAAGCAAUCGAGAAAAUGUUAAAUGACCUGUCGUUGAUUAAGAAAUUUGAAUAAAUACGUCAAAAUUUGUGAUGUAAUGUUGGUACCGUAUAACAACAUAUCACGUGACUGCAAGCAAACAUUCUUGUGGUUUGUAUUACAGAAACCCAUGGUAAUUAUAUUUAGUUUAUUUUGUGACUGUUAUUAAGAAGGAUUUUGACACAUGGUGCUGGUGUAUGAAAGUGCCUUUAACCUGUUAUGAUAAUUAUGCGAAUGUUGUGAUUA